GGCCGCUGGAGCCCGGCUCCUGCCUCAUUCCCCUCGGCUCCGGGACAAUGUGGAGCUUCACCAGGAGAGCCGCCCUCUGGGUGUCGCUGCCCCGGCGGCUGAGCCCGAGCCCGAGGCCACGGAAUACUCGGACUGCCGUUUGUGGGAGGCCGCCCGGGCCCAGCAGCGGGAGGCCUGAGGAAGCGGGCCCAGCCCCAGGCCGGAGUAAGGUGCCUCAGAGUCCAUCCUGGCAGCCUGUAGAGGUCUGUGAGUUUCCAGAGGUUACCAUGGAGAUGAUUGACCGUCUUGAACAAUUGGCACUCAUUGAUUUUCGGAACCAGGAGGGUAUAGAAAGACUGGCUGAUGCCAUACAGUUUGCCAACCAGCUGCAUGCUGUUGACACUGAGGGAGUGGAGCACAUGGAUUCAGUGCUGGAGGACAGGCCAUUGUACUUGUGUGAGGACACAGUCACGGAAGGUUAUUGUGCAGAGGCGAUCCUCAGCAAUGCGAAGCAAGUUGUAGAGGAAUACUUUAUAGCACCUCCAGAGAAUAUUCCACUGCCAAAGAAAGAAGAGAGAGACAGCUUCCUUCAGCAUUCUAACCGGUGACC